UACACAGAUUGAUAUGCGCGCGACAUGGCCAAGCAGCAGCGCGCCGACAAGCGCUCCGCCGUCGUCCCAGCGGCGAUCUGCAUUGGCGUCAGCUUCGCGCUCGUGGCCGCCUGGAUGCUGCUUGCUCCCGCCACGCCCCAGCGCGUAGCCACGCUUAGAUCUGGACCACCUCUCCUCAACAAGGUGGCCGUUUCGGGGGCGAAAAUUGACACACAAGUCUUUGAGGAUUCCAGGAUUGAUGGCGACUCGGAAGCGUCAGAUCCGGAAUCCAGGGGGUCGGACAGGGAAGCUGAGGAGGCAGCUCACUCCGACGGGGAUGCCGAGCUCACAGUGGAGAACAAGGAGAUCGACGGCAACUUGGCCACUCAAGCCGAGGAAUCACAGGAGGAGAAGGAAGAAAACCAGAGGCUAGACAGUGGCUCCUUGGAAGUCCCACACUACGACUGGAAGCUGUGCUCGUCCGCUGCUGGAUCCGACUACAUCCCAUGCCUGGACAACGUCAGGGCCAUCAAGAGCCUCAAGAGCACCAAGCACUACGAGCACAGGGAGAGGCACUGCCCCCUUGACGAGGGGAGCCGCUUGUGUCUAGUGCCGCUUCCGGACGGCUACCGGCCUCGCAUUCCUUGGCCCAGGAGCAGAAGCGAGAUCUGGUAUUACAAUGUUCCACACACGGGUCUAGUCUCGUACAAAGCUGACCAGCAGUGGGUGAUGCGCAAGGAUGACGUGCUUGUCUUCCCCGGCGGAGGGACACAGUUCAAGAAGGGCGCGACGCGAUAUAUCGAGUUUGUGGAGAAGACUCUGCCAGCCAUUGCCUGGGGAACGCACACUCGUGUUGUUCUGGAUGUUGGUUGCGGUGUGGCUAGCUUUGGGGGUUACCUGUUUGACAAGGACGUGCUUACCAUGUCUUUCGCUCCCAAGGACGAGCACGAAGCGCAGGUCCAGUUUGCGCUGGAGCGUGGAAUCCCCGCAAUCUCAGCGGUGAUGGGAACAACGCGGCUUCCUUUUCCUAGCAAUGUUUACGAUGCAGUACACUGUGCUCGCUGCAGAGUACCAUGGCAUGUUGAAGGCGCCAAGCUGUUGUUGGAGCUCAACAGGGUUCUUCGCCCCGGAGGGUAUUUCAUCUGGUCCGCCACCCCUGUCUAUCAACACGAGCCUGAGGACGUUCAGAUAUGGAAAGAGACGACUAGGGCGGCAUCGAAAAUGUGCUGGAAGAGGCUGGCUAGAACCAAAGAUCCUUUGACUGGUAUCGGGGUAGCAGUAUUUCAAAAGCCGUGGGAUGAUACAUGCUACCGUCAACGAUCUGCCAGUGAGCCUCCAAUCUGUGAGAAGGAGGACUCCCCUGAUGCUGCAUGGUAUAAUCCUCUUGGAGGGUGCAUGCAUGAAAUUGGAAAAGCUCGUGUAGACUGGCCUGACGCGUGGCCAGGGCGGCUGGAAGCCACUCCAAAAUCUCUCCACGGUCCGUCUGCAGAGGAGUUUGCUUCCGAGACCGAGCAUUGGAAGGGUGUUGUUCGCAACUCGUACGAGAAGAACGUUGGAAUCGACUGGGAUGGGAUAAGGAACGUAAUGGAUAUGAGAGCGGGUUAUGGCGGGUUUGCAGCUGCCUUGGCUACUCUGCCAGUGUGGGUGAUGAACGUGGUUCCUGCAAAUGGCGAGGAUACGCUACCGAUUGUUUUUGAUCGAGGUCUUUUCGGGAUUUACCACGAUUGGUGUGAGUCCUUCAGCACGUAUCCGAGAACCUACGACCUCCUCCACGCGGACGGUUUGUUCUCGCAGCUGGGAACAAGCUGUAACGCCAGUCAUGUUUUGUUGGAGAUGGAUAGAAUUUUGAGGCCGGAAGGCUGGGCUCUAAUCAGAGACAAGCCAGAAGUUUUGAAGGAACUAGAACCGAUCGUCAAGUCGUUGCACUGGGAGGUGAAGGUGCUCUCCUCCUCACGAAAGUCGUCACAGGAGGUGGAGGACCAGGAGGAGCAGCAACAGUUUGUGGCCGCUCAGAAGAAGAUGUGGCGACCGGAGGCGAGCAUUUGAGGUUUGAGGGGUUGUAUGUAUCAUAAAAUCGUCGUCAUCACCAUCAUACAAUACUUGAUCGGGUGGAGUCCUAAAGCGUUUUUUGGCCGAUGGAAAACUUGGCUCUCUGGAAAA